AUGGCUCCCAAGAAAUCCGCCACUGAAGAUGUCCAAAACAAUGUUGUCGCUUUCGGAAGGGUUCGCAAGAAUCUGAAGAUGGGAUGCGUCGGUCUGCCCAACGUGGGAAAGUCCAGCCUGUUCAACCUCUUGACGGAGCAGAGUGCCGCGGCGGAAAACUACCCCUUUUGUACUAUCGAGCCCAACGAGGCGAGAUGUGCUGUCCCCGACGCUCGAUACGAUUUCUUGUGUGAUCUAUGGAAGCCGCCAUCCAUGUACCCAGCUUACCUGCAAGUAACGGACAUUGCCGGGCUCAUCAAGGGUGCUUCGCAAGGAGAAGGACUCGGAAAUGCUUUCCUUUCCCACAUUCAGGCUGUGGAUGGCAUGUUUCACAUUGUCAGAGCAUUUGACAACGACGAGGUGUUGCACGUUGACGACUCGAUCGAUCCUGUUCGGGACCUGAAUACCAUUCAAAGCGAACUUUGCUUGAAGGAUCUCGACAUUCUGCAGAAAACUAUAGUUGCCGAGGAAGCAAUUGUUAGGAAGGCCGGCGGAAAGUACAAGAUGCUACCACUCUUCACCGAGACAACAAGCAAGAUCAAGGCGAUGCUGGAACAAGGCAAGCCAGUCCGAGAUGGAAGCUGGACCUCGGCAGAGAUUGCACUCAUAAACGAAAAGAUCCAGCUCAUCACGACGAAGCCAACCAUCUACCUUGUCAACUUAACUAUGAAGGACUACCUCCGACAGAAAAGCAAGUAUCUACCUGCCAUCGCCAAGUGGGUGACGGAGCACGGUGGUCUUCCUCGGGACAUCAUUCCUUUCUCCGUUGAAUUCGAAGAAAAGCUGCAUAGUAUGAAGGAUGACCCAGCCAAGCAGGCUGAGUUUCUCAAAGAAAGCAAGGUCAAGUCCAAAUUGGAUAAGAUCAUUACCGAAGGCUUCACCAAACUCGGCUUGCAAUACUAUUUCACCGCUGGUGAGAAGGAAAUUAGAUGCUGGACUAUCCAAAGAGGCUGCCUCGCACCGCAGGCUGCUGGAGCAAUCCAUGGUGACUUUGAGAAGGGUUUUAUCAAGGCCGAAGUGGUGGCGUACCAAGACUUCCACGACCUUUGCGAAGGUGGCAAGUCCAUGGGCCCAAUCAAGGCUGCUGGAAAGUACCGUCAGGAAGGAAAGACUUAUGUUGUGCAAGAUGGAGACAUCAUACACUUUCAGUUCAACGUUACGAACAAGAAAUAG